ACAUAUAGUAUAUAGGUACAAGGUACUCAUUUAAAAUUAAUUCAACAUGCACUAUGCAGUGUUAAGUACCCUGAAAUCUAUGCAUAUAUAAUACAAACAGAAGAAAAGAAAAAAAUUACGUUAAAAAUAUGGAUUUAAUCGCCACCAAUAUGAUGACAUACCUAUUAUCUAUAUAGACUAUUGUUGCUUCUUUGUUUUAUAAAAAUUAAAUACAACUAUCUUUAGAUAUAAAUAAUCGUGGAUUUUACUUUUAAUGUGUAUACAUAUUAUCGUAUUCAUUGUUGCGCUCGUAGUUUCACACGUCACCUAGUUACCUCACAAUUUCGUUUUUUCGAUAACACACUAUCCCGGCGAAACGCUUAUCUUGUAUUCAUUCAAUAUAUUUAAUAGUCUUAAAUCAGUUAGUCGAUAUUAUAGAUAGUAUCAAUGGACAACAACAUAAAUGGAGAUGGCGAGGACAACGGAAACGAUCUUCUUGCCGAAGAGUUGGCGAAACUCCAACGACAGUAUAUGCUCAUGGAAAGCAACAAAAAAGCGUAUACCGAAGAAAUGGGUAGUUAUUUAGCUAAACAGAAAAAAAUUAUCAGCAGUUUGGAACAAGAGAAGGUAAAUCUAGUAGAGCACGUGAGUAUGGAUAAAAAUAAACGAAAGGAAAUCAACGAUUUACGUUUAAAAGAAUGUUUGGUUGAAAAAUGGAACGAAUACUUGAGUGUCAAAGAUGAACUGACAGACCAAAAAAAAUGUCACGACGACAUCGAAAAGGAAAUAUUAAAAAUACAAAACGAACUCGACCUAAUAUUUAGACAGAGAGAAUCCUCGGCUGGCAAAUUAAAAAAUAAAGUUGAAUACGAUUUACAAAGACACGAAGAACUAUUAGAGAACAAAUUGCACGUUAAAACCGUUAAGUUCAAUAAGGUUUUGACGGAGAACGCCCGUUUGAGAAACGAAAUCAACAAUUUGCUCGUACAGCGGUCACAGUUCAAUGAAGCGUACAAGGCUCUGACAGCGCGUUUGGACGAUAGUAAGCAGAUAAUGAUGGACCUAAUUGAACAGGCAACGACAGCGUACGAACAGAGAGAAGACGCUCAAAACCGGUUGAUCAACAUGAGUGAUGAAGAUAAACAACAGAUCGCUCUGCAUAAGGCCGAAGUCAAGGAGCUACAGCGACAAUACGAUCGCGAUUUAAAACUUCAAGAUUUCUUGUCUAUUAAAGGACAACAUCGCGUACUCAUGGAUUUUGAACGCAAAGAAGAAGAAAAGAAACAAAACGAAUUAGGCAACCGAAAGGAACAAGCGGAGAAAUGGGUAGACUUGAUGGGGUGGCUGCAAAUGUACGUGGGCGAGAGCAACAUCGAUAGGAUCGUAGAUCUGUUCGUCAGGCAGGAGGAGGAGAAUUUCGCGUUGUUCACGUACAUCAACGAGCUAAACAGCGAGGUGGACGACUUACAGAAAGAAGUUGUGGUACUGAGGAACCGAGUGCAAGAGCAGCGGGCCAUUAACGAGUCAAGAGCGUCAAAACAAGAGGAAAACAUGAACGGACUGAGGGCGCACUUACAGCAGCUUGUUGACGACGCGAAUCAAGAAAAUGAUCGAAUAAAAACCGUACACACCGAGUUGACUGAGCUCUUGGAAUCCGUUGAGAAACUCUUUUUGUCCAUCAACUGUAACCUUUCUCCGAUGUAUAAAAUACUCGGUGAGACUCGUAGGAGGUUAAUUAUAGCCUAUAGAUGCUAUAAUAACAUAACACGAGACGACAUUCGGGCAAACGUGUAUAACAUGACUUUCUACGUUGAUCUGAUAGAAACAAAAGUAUCAGAUGUUGUCAAAAACCUAAAAAAUAUGGAGUCGAUGUAACAUUUAUUAUAGCUUAUAAGUUCUAUUAUAAUUUAUAACCAAAUAUCCGAAUUAUCACAUCGGAAGUAGAUAUUAACCAUUAAUUUAUAUUGUAGAGUAUAGAC